AUGCUUGAGUUAAAAGAAAAUUUAACAAUUGAUUCAGAAAAAUUAUUAAUAAUAUUAAAUAAUUUUCAUAAGGAUCGAAUUAUAAUUAAGAAUUCUCUUAAUGAACAUCAAGCUCAACGUCAAAUGUUAUGUUUUAGAACAGGUUGUGAAGCCUAUAGAGAAACAGCUAAACAUUUAUCACAACUUCAUAUAUUAUUAAGAGAUUCAAUAUUGAUUUAA